AUGCAUCUGGUGGUCAAAGCUCUCGUGGCGGCGUUCCUGGUGGCCAAUGCCAAAAACAUCACAUUCUCUUGGCACCUUCGUUUCUUUUACUACGUUUUCCGAUAUUGUGUGCUUCCGGGAUGGUUGGGAUACGCUGCCAAGGAUAAGCCCGCGUCUCCGUUUGCUGAGCGGCGAUAUGGUACGCGGUGCACAUUGAUGGAUUGCGACAUCAACGGGCACAAGAGCAACUCGACCUACUUCUCCGAUCUCGACAUUGCUCGAACCGAUCUUGUUGUCUGGCUGCUCAACAAGUUCUUCCGAGACACCCAUAAGGCCAAUGGACGAUGGGCCUAUGUUCCGUUAGGCUCUGUUUACUGCAACUUCAAGAAGGAGAUCAAGCCGCUGCAAAAGUACACAAUUGUGUCACGAGUUCUGGGCUGGAACCAGAAAUGGCUGAUUGUGGAAUCUCGGUUUGAGAUUGGAACCAAGAAAAACCCUGUGGUGGCCGCCACUGCUCUCACCAAGUACGUGGUCAAGGACAAGAGAAAGACGAUUCCCCCCUCUGACGCCUUUCAGAUGUCUGGGUUUAGUGAUGAACAUUGUGCUGAGGGUCUCAAGCGGUUUGAAAAGAUACAGAGCUUUAUGGAAGUGGAGGGGAUUGAGAUAGAAUAG